UUUGCAUGAGCUGCUAUUACUCGUCCUAUUAGCUACACGCGUUUUUCUCAAAUCGUGCUUUUUUUGUGAAGUGUUAAUUUCUUUUGUAAAAAUUACUCACUAUUAUGUUUUGCGACACAAAUCCUUGCAUUUUCGGCAAUGCGUGCAGCUGAAAUGAUUUGAGAAUUGCAGGCCAUUCGUUGCGUCUCUGGCUGUUCAACUCAAGCAUUUUUGAAACAAAUGAGUACGAAUGCCAUAGCUGGGUAUCUCGCGCGCUCGUGUGUGUGUGAGUGGUGUAUAAAAGAAGAAUUGCAAAAGAAAAGAAACGAAGACGAAAAAAACGAAGCGAUAAAAACGGUCACCCCCGCUCGUUUUGCCCAUAUUUGGUUCACAGGCAAAAUAGAAUCCGUAAAAACAUAAUCCUCAUAUGAUUAGAAAAAACGAGCAAUUUAAUACAUGCAUGCAUGUGUGUACACAGUUUUCUUUACAAUUUAUAAUCCCGAUGUGAUUUUUAUUUUACCGCGUCUCUUGUGCUUGCAGAGGAAUAUAAAAUGCAUAUUUCCCGUGUAAUAGAUAAAUAAAUAAAUACAUUCAGAUCUGCUGCACUUUCUGGCGCCAAAGUGCAAAGACACAAAAAAAAGAUCGAAGAAAAUAAAUGUAAAAAAAAAAAUCGCCGCGUGUGUGAUAGAACCAACACAGCGACACGGCGUGCGUAACACACAUACAUUGAACUGACACUGACGACACUCACACACUUACCCAGGAUUGCAACAGUGUGUUCCGUUUCUUUUUUUAUUGUUGUUUUGCGCGUUUGUGUGUGUGUGUGUGCGCGUGUUCGUUUCUUUUUGGUUAGUUUUCAUUUUGUGUGCCGUGCCGAUUCUUCGCCGGCUUAAAAUCCAAUAAAAUGUCUGAGUUUGAGGAUAGUCCACAGCAAAAUAGCCAAACAAAAAAACCACUGCAACGACACCAAGCCAUGACAUUCAGCACGAGAUCGGGAUCGAACACACAUCCGCUAACGCCGCUCCAGGAAGUACGCGAGCCCGAGGAGGGGGCCGAAGAUGAUUCUGCUGCCGGCUCACCCCUCGUCUCCCGCAAAUCUCUCAUGGGACGGAUGAAGCUGCGCGUUUCAAAUAUCCUGCCAUCUUCAUGGUUCUCACCAACUUCUAAGGCCACCACCCCGGAGGCCCAAGAGGAGCAGCAACAACAACAGAAUGGAACAGGAACAACGUCUCUAACGAAAAGGAAACGAGGACGCCGUCGCAUAGAGCUGGCCGAACCUGACGGCGAGGAUUCACCCGCUGGGGGCCUGCUACCCGAUGUGGAUGAUGGCGCCGCUGCACGAGGUCUGGACUACGAGGAGGUGGCCCUGGCCGACAACAUAGCCGAGCAUGAUUUGGUUGGCGAGGAUGAGCAGACACGCCGCAGCGAAUACAAUGUGUUCGCCUUGCGCAAACGGCGCACUGCGAUUGCCGCCGAUGAUGAUUUUGAUGAAGAUGACGAAGAGGUGCCAGAUGGUGACGAAGAGGAAGACGAGGACGAUGGUGACGAUGAUCACGUACAAGCGUCAGCCUCUCCCCAGCCUAAGCGUCGACGGUUGGAACUGGAGACAAGCGUCCAUUUACCAUGCAUGCGGCGACUGCCAUUGCCACUGGUUUCCUCCACGCCCGCUGCUGCCGCUGCCGCUUCCGCCGGCCAACUAUACACCUCAGGCAAUUCUCAGGCAUUGGGCACCCGCAGCCAUAGUCGUGGCUCGAACCCGGGUGGCGUGGCUCCGCAUCGCCGCACCCACUUGAACCUCUAUUACCAGCAUCAGCAGCGUGAGCCGGGCUACAACUUCUUUGCGGGCAACGAGUCGGCCGCCGAGGCCACCACAGGAGAUCUGCCAGUCAGUAUACGUCGAUCGCUGAACAUCCCAGCCAUAGAGCAUCCACGCGGUCGUAGCUUCAGCUUCGGGCAAACCAGCAGCAGUUUCUCCGCCGUGCCAUUGGCCUACCACAAGAGACCCCCUCUGCUGGGGCAGACUGACACGGUCCCCGAAGCAUCCCUCGAUGUGGCACAGUCAGAUAAUGAGAGGAUUGAGCAACUACUGAAUAUCUGCAAAUCCAAUAAUAAUAUCAGCAGCAGCAACAACAACAACAACAACAUUAUCAAAUCGAAGAGAGGCGCCGCCACAGCCACAGCAGCAGCAGCAGCUGGAGCGGAAGCGGGAGCGGGAGCAGAUUUGGAGAGCGAACUGAAUGAAUAUGCCGAGGCAGUGGAGGCCUCCGAUUCCUAUCCCGACCAUCACAACAGCAACAACAACAGCGACCAAUGGUUCUAUGGGAAUUUGCAGAGCGCAAAGUCAAUAUUCACACGCGGCUCGGCCCAACCGACGCACCACAAUUCUACGUGUUCGCUGAAUUCGCUGAACAAGCGGCGGCGCUUCAAUGCCUACAUCUAUGGCAGCUCCUCGGCCCUGAGCGACAGCCGGCUGUUGACACGCAGUGCUUCCGCCUCGGCCUGGGGCUCCGGCUCAACAUUAAGCUCGCCCUUCUACAAGGGCCAGACCACAUUCGGCGGCAAUUCGGCGCACAAUCGCAUCUUUGGCCAGAGUGGCGGCUCCUCGUCAUCGGUGGCCAUAAACUCGGGCGGCCGUUCACCGGCCGCCAAUCAGGCGCCACCCCAUACCGGAUACCGCAUAAAGAAAAUUGCUAUGGGCCCCAGAAAGCAAACAGAGACACCAAACACAUCGGUCGUGGACAGCAUGUCCCUCUCGACCUCCACACGUCGCAUCCUGAGCCUACUGGAGACGUACUCCUCGCCUCUGUUUGAUGUCAAGCGGCUCGGAAACACACUGAAGGAGCAGCAGCAGCAACAACAGCUGCAAAAGCUGCAAACUAGCAUUUCCUAUUCCCCGCCAAUGCAACAGGUACUCGAACGACGUCGCCUGCACCGUGUCACCCAGAGCUCGAAGGAUUUGCUUUUGAAUUACAAGACAAAGGCAUCAUCGGCCACCACCAUGGCCCUGGCAGCUCUGCCAGCUCUGCCAGACCGUCACACCAAUAAUAAUAGUCACACGAACAAGAUGCGCUCCCGACUGAGUCACACGUCGUCGCGCAAGCCGCGCGAAGAUAUCGAAAUGGCUCCCGAACCCCUCGACUUGCCGAUGAUCAUUUUCCCGGCCAUGGCAAAUACACCGACAUUUGAUUUGGUCAUCAAGCCACCGCCGCCGCCGAGGGUGCCAUCGGUGACGGCCAACACGACAACGGAUCUCCAGAUGAUUCCCAGAACCCAAACUGCAGUCCCCAGGCCUGCGGUUAAUUUUGUGGGUGCCAAUGCUAAUUCUGCAGCAACAGAAACAGCAAGAGCUCCAGCUAAUGCCAGGGGCAGUGGCAGUGUCAGUGUCAGUUCUGCAGCCUUGCAGCCUAGCAACGUAUCAGGACGUAGAUUCAGCUUUGUUGAACCCAUACCAGUACCCAUACUGGGAGAAGGAGAAACUGCACAGGAAUCGAGGAACACGCGCCAUUUCUCCUUUCCAGCACCAGCUUCAUUGGAGAUGCAGCAACAACAGCAGCAGUCGCUGCCAUUUAUGAACGGUCCAUCCACCACCGCUGCAUCCGCACAUAAUCCAAGCAGCAGCCAGCUGAGUGUGGUAGGAGGCUUUAGCCAGCAGUUUAUGAAAUCAGCCACUGAAUGGGAGUGCGAUGUGUGCAUGAUCAGAAAUAAGUCGGAGCUGGUUAGGUGCGCAGCCUGCGAGACGCCAAAGCCUUCCAAGACUGCCGCUCCACCUACAUCUGCAGUACCAUUGUCGGCUGCCAGCGGGUUCGGAGAUCGUUUCAAGAAGUCUUCGAGUGCCUGGGAGUGCGACACAUGCAUGAUAUCCAACAAGAAUGAGGAUAGCAAGUGCGUGGCCUGCGAGACGCCGCGCCAGGGAGCUACCACAGCAGCCAGCAAAACCACCACCGACUGUUUCUCAAUUACAAACAGCCCGGGGUGCGGUUCCGGCUCUGGCUCUGGCUCCGGAUCGGGAUCGGGUUUCUCCACAUCCAGUUCGAGUUCCGGCUUUGGGCAGGCUUUCAGGCCCAAGGCCAACACAUGGGAGUGCCAGACAUGCCUGGUGAUGAAUCAGACGAGUGCCGUCGAGUGCGUCGCCUGCCAGUCGCGCAAUCCCAAUGCCAGCAGCGAGUCCAGCUCGAGCUCCUCCACAAGCAAUCCUCCAACCAACGUCUCUUCGAGCACCAGCAACAGCAACACUACCAGCUUCAAGUUUGGCUUCACCCCAGAGCAGCAGCAGCAGCAGCAGGCAGUCAAACCGGGUGCCAGUUUCAAGCAGCUGGUGGCUGCCCAGAAGGCAGUCAGUUGGGAGUGCGAGACGUGCAUGGCCAUGAACGACCUUUCGCUCUCAAAGUGCUGCUGCUGCGAGCAACUGAGGCCGAGAAGCGACGACUGCAAACCCUCAUCCAACGCCACUCACCCGGUGCCCACGUUCACGUUCGGGUUUGUGGCAAAAGCAAAGGAAGCAGCACCAGUCCAGCCAGCCCUGCCGGCUCCAACAUCGAACGCUGCUCCUCAGUUCUCCUUUGGCUUUGGCCAGAGCAAGGAUGUGGCAGACAGCAACAACGCUUCGACAGGAGGAUUCAAGUUCGGAGCCCUCCCCACCCAGGAGGAGCCAAAGUCAAUCGAUCUACGGGCAAUUCCGACUGGCACAAAGGCCACAUCCACCACAGGAAUCGAAACAGCAGCAACAGGAGCUGCCGGAGCAGCAGCAACAGCGACCCCCGUUAGCCAAUUUUCAUUCAGAGCCCCCACCACCACAUCGACACAGCUGUCCUCCAGCAGCGACACGGCUACCGCUACCGCCGCAGCUACCACAAGCGCAACCGCAACCGCCGCAGCUACCGCAACCGCAACCGCCGCAGCUACCACUGUCAAGAGUCAAGUGUUCAGCUUUGGAACCCCGUCAUUACCUUCUUCAUCAUCGGCAGUGUCCAGUUCGACGCACACUUCGGGCAGCAACGCGAGCGCCACCCUUGCGAUCAGCUCCUCCAAUACGAAGCCCAUGUUUAUCUUCAGCGCUGCCCCCUCCGCAACGACCAGCAGUGUAAGCAGCAGCACUAGCCAACAGCCGACGGUGACGACAGCACCUGUGGUCUUCUUUGGGGCUGGGACCACAACCAAUCCAGGAGGACCAGCCGCAACAUCUAGCACAUCGUUUGCUGCAGCACCGGCUCCAGCAUCGGUCUCUGCCGCUGCAGCGCCAGAGCCAGCGCCGGGUUUGUUCAGCUUUGGCGGUCCAUCUUCAGCUAGCUCCACGAAAAAAGCUGCCCCCAGCAGCAACAGCAACACCUUCUUCUUUGGCCAAACUCCGACAUCGACGGCAGCCCCGACUACAAAUGCGACGGGCUCCAUCUUUGGAGCAGCAGUAACAUCAGCAGCACAGCCGCUAAGCUUUGGAGAGAAGAGAGCGGCAUCGGGUAUACCCGUAAACACCCUGACAAAGCCCGUAAGCUUUGGCUGGCCCAGCGCCAGCGCUAGCCCUAGCCCCAACCCCAUACCCAGUAAUGGCAGCACAGCCCAGGUCCCGGCCACCGCCACCGACAGCACCAGCCUCCCGACGGUGGUGUCUGGCGGCUCUGUUUUCGGCAGUGGAUUUGGAGCCGGCUUCGGCAGUACAUCGGCCGCCAGCACGACAACAACUCCGGCACCGACUUCAGCUUUUGGCGGCAAUGGAGCCCUCCCCACCACGGGUUUCGGCUUUGUGGGUAACUCGAUGGCCCCCCAAUCUUUGCCUGCGCCUGCGUCCGGUCCGGCUGCUAUGUUCAGUAAUGCCAUCACGCCUGCCUUUGGCGGCAGCAAUGGAGGGGGAGGAGGAGGCUUUGGCGGCGGAAGCAAUGCCGCAGCUGCAAAGCCAUCAUUUAACUUUGGAGGCUCUUCGGCUCUUUCCCAGUCGGCGGCCACAUCUGGACCCUACAACUUUGGCGGCACCACGGGCAGUGCGAUCCCCACUAAGCCGGCCUUUAAUUUUACGGGCUCGGCUACAGUGUCCGCUGGCACAGCAACACCACAGGCGACGCCUGCCUUUAACUUUUCCGCCGGUUCGGCGACUGCCAAUUCCCUAGCAUCGGGCGAUCGUGUCUUCCAGUUCGGCGCUUCUGCGGCUCCUGCUGCUCCUGGCGCAGCUCCCAGGCUCGGUGCUCCUGGGGCAAGCGGUUCGUCAAUGUUCAAUUUUGCGGUCACAUCGACGCCGCUGCAAAUGCAGAUGCAGCUUCAAUCCACCUCCAGCUGGCAACGCCGCCCAGAAUUCACAGAUGGCGCGCCGCAAGAUCCGCGCCCCCGUGCGCCGUUUGCCGCCACGGUAGAAGUGGCAUCGCAGGCCUCCGAAACAACAUCUACUGAGGCCGCCGCCGCCGCCCUCGCCAUCGCUUUAGGGGGGGGAACCGAGUGCAACAGCCACAUGAAUGAAGAACAUGCACAGGCACAACCACAACGAAUGGGAUUGGCUCUAGAAGACGGUGAUGCACGGAAAAUCGGGCAGACGCCGCAGGAGGAGGAAGAGGACGAGGAGGAGCUGGUAACGGAUAACGAGAGCAGUGACAGAACGCUAGGGGCAUCAUCCGUUGGUGGCCACAGACGGAGUCGCCGUCACAACGAUCGUAAUCAGCAGCAGUUUCCCCACGUUUCUAAAUACCGUUUCGUACGCAGCGUCACAGGUACCGUCUCGGCCUCUACGGCUGGGACCGCCACAGAACCAGAUGAAGAAACCACAACCACCAUGUUCAACACGGCAGCCGCCAAGCUGACCAGACAGAAGCGGCUUGGAGUGUUGCACAGCAGGCGGCAAACUCGCAGCAGAGUCACCACCUCCGCCAUCAUGAGCAACAGGAGUCACAGAGGAAGUGGCACCAAGAGAAUCAGCCACCGUCAGCGCUACAACGAUAACGACGGAACAGAAACAGGAGUAGGUUCCGUCGCGGGAGUCGGUGCCAAGAGCUCCCCCCAUGUCCUGCGCAGCCGUUACAAACUGGUGCGACGCCGAAGCAACCAUGAAGCAAUAGCACCACUGACUGAAGCACAGCAGCCGUAAAGGACGCUGGAGGAUGAUGAGACGCGCAGUCACGCGUACGAAACUGUUCACCGGAAGCAGAUGCAGAUCCCGAUGCAAAUGCAACAUCGCCAACGGCAACCAUAUUUCGUAGUCCUCUCUCUAAACACACACACAAAAUUUGUUUAAGUUAUAUUAAUUUGUUGGUUUUAUGGACACACACACACAUAUACUGCGUCCUCAUCAAGCAGCUCUCGUGUCCAUUCUCUAGUUUGUAAUGGAUCCUUUUUUAUGCUAGUUUUUUUGUUAAUUGAUUAUAUGAUGGGCGCAGGCAAGCCGAAAGCGAAUGAAAAACAUAGAAAAUCAGGGAUCCGGAUUGAAGGAUCAUCAUCUUCGUCGUCAGAGUGUGGUCUUCGGGCAGUGUAGUAGUGUACAGUAGGUAAUCCUCGAAUCAAUCCAAAAAGAACAAGGACCAUCCCAUACACAUGCCAGUACAUUGCAGGCGACGGAAUUGUAAAUUUCAAUUUAAUUGUAUUUUUAGUCAUUUUAUUUGCAACUAUUGUUUCUUGAUGCAUACAUGAGAUACAUAUAUAUAUAUAUAUUUAUAAGUAUAAUUAGUAACCGAUAAUUAUGUAAUAAUUAUGUUGUGAAAAUGUAAAGAGAGAGAGAGAACGGGGAUAGCGCAAAGAAGAAGAAUGAGAGUAAACUAUAUUAUAAUAUACAUAUAUAUUAAAAAUCAAGAGAAAGCAUCAUCUGCUUAGAUAUUUUUGGAAGCAGUGGAAAGGAAAGAAUACGGAACAAGUAGAGGAAAGAAGGGAGAAAAAGGAGAUGAUAAUGAUAAUGAGGACCGCAUUACUAGUUUGUGUUAGUUUUUGUUCUUCAUUUAUAGAUUUAUCCAAGGAAUUCGCGAUCGAAACACAGAAGCAAGAGCCACAACAGCAGUACACCAACAAAAUACAGAAAACAGAAACUAUUUAGAAACGUAAAUGAAAAAACCUAUAGCUACCGAUAAGAAAGAGAUAGAGAAAAGAAUAGAAGAAGAGGAUCAGAUGCACAGUGGCGAUAAUAGAGAGUUAUGAUGAUUAUACGCAUGUUUUAUAUAUACAUAACUACAUAAAUAUAUACACAUGGAAAACAUUAAAAUAUUUUAAUAUAAUUUUUAAUUGAUCAUUUGUAAGUCCCGGGAAAAACUGAGUUGAGGAAAUCGGAGAGAAUUCGUUUUAAGAAACGGUAUCGUAAUGUAAAUAAGUAAAUAUAUGCGGUAUGAUAAUUAAAAAAAAGCAACAACAAAAUAUACCCACAAAAUCCUGUGAAAAGAA